AUGAGAGCACCAUCUGUUGUGUUCAUUGAUGAAAUUGGUGCGAUGACUUCUGUAAAGAAAAGGACACUCAAGGAAGUAGAGUAUCGCAUAGUGGAUCAGUUGAUGGCUUUUAUGGAUGGGCGAGACAGACCUACCGGACCAGUAAAUGACGAUGUUAGUUUUGAAAGUUCUAAUAGUACACCUGGCUAUGUGCUGGUGAUUGGAGCCACCAACAGGCCUGAUGCUCUUGACACUGCCUUAAGGCGUUUAUUUGAUCAUGAAUUUGCUUUAGGUGUUCCAGAUGAAUGUGAAAGGUUUGACAUUCUGUCAGCUCUAACACGCAAUCUUAAGGUUGAAGUUGGUUUUGAUCCCAGGAAAUUAGCUAGGUCCACUAUGGGCUAUGUAGCAGGAGAUUUGGUAGCUCUAGCAAAAAGGGCUGGUAUGCUUGCUGUACAUAGUAUCAUGGGCAAUGGAAACUCAGAGUAUCUCAAAGAACCGAGGCACAUGGUUGAACAUGAAGAAUAUUACACGCAGCCAUUUUAUGAUGAAGAAUUGGAAAACUUUAGCAUAACCAUGAAUCACUUUGUGCAAGCUGGAAAGAUGGUUCAGCCGUCUGCAAUUAUGAAAGAUUUUUUCACCACACUACAUGCAAAGUGGGAUGAUGUUGGAGGUCUUGAAGCAUUGAAAUCGGAGUUUGAACGUCAUGUAGUUAAAGCGAUUAAGUAUCCUCGAGUUUAUGAGGAUAUAAAGACGAGUGUCCUAAGCUCCUUUCUCCUUUGUGGUCCUUCUGGCUGUGGAAAGACAUUGCUUGUCAAGGCUGUGGCUAAAGAAGCAGGAGCAAAUUUCAUGCAUAUCAAGGCCCGUGAUCUAUUGAAAUUUGGCAAUCAGUGCGAAAUGGUAGUGCAUAACAUAUUCAGUUAUGCAAGCACUCACGUCCCAUGUGUACUUUUCUUUGAUGAGCUGGACUUGAUGGCCUCAUGUGAUAAUGUACCACGAUGGCCGGACUUUAGACAGCUAAUAUCAGAGCUGAGUGAUACAGAAUUAACAAUGGAAGGUGUUCUUGUGUUUGGUGCGACAAACAGGCCUGAAAUCGUGAGUCAUUCUUCACUCAUCGAAACACAAUUUGAUAGGCUUCUGUAUGUUCCUCUCCCUACUCCAGAAGAGCGAGGUGCGAUAUUGAAAGCUCUUACUCGAGGCAAGCCAAUAGAUCCCGAUGUGGACCUGAUGGCCCUAGGAAACGACGUGGCCUGUGAAAGUUUUAGUGGCCGUGAUCUAUUUGCUUUGGUAAUAGAAGCUUCUAAGUUCGCCAUUAAUAGACCAGCAUUGUCUGUCGGGAACCGCAUGACAAUCAAAGAUGCAGAUUUCAAGAGUGCGUUGGCAAAAGUCUACCCUUCUCUCUCAGCCACGGUGCUGCUACUGGAAGUCAAGAACUGGGAGCUUCAGUCUAAGAAGAUUGUUGUUCAUAGCAGUUCUGUGAUGGACUGGUAG